UUUUGUAGUUUUAUCUUUUGUGUGUGCGCCAUUACACCGAUAUCGCAGUUUCAUGUACGUACGCGUGUAUGUAAAUAGGUACACGCUAGCGGGAGAAGGGAGAAGGGGCUGGUGGAAGCGAACCCGCGCCUGAUCAAGUUGCGUUACGAGCUGGGCGCUUUAAAUUCGCUGCCGACCGAGGGGGGGGGGCUUAAACUCACGGUAACUAUUUAGCAACGACUCGCUGUUAUCCGGCGUCCAAUGGCGACUAUCUGCCAGCCGCGCCGCGCCUUGGUGGAGAUUCCUGCUCCGCAACCCAAAAUUGCAGCCCGGAUGAGGAGGUCCUACUUGGAAGUAUUAAGCGCCCGUCUGGCCCCGUCGUCCCAAGCACAAAGAGGGAGAAACACAGCCAAAAACUCCAAGCGUGGCCAAUCACUAGACUCGUCCAUGGGCGGCUCGUGGAAUGGAAGGAUAGAGGAGCACCACACCCCACUGUCUAAACAGCAGCUGGUACAACUGAUCAGAUCCCUCAUCAUGUUUGAACAGAGCCAAGAACCCAGAGUGCUUACCUUGGACUUGAAGUACCUCCAUGAUGACCUCCAACUGAAGAAGACUAACGUUUACAGAUCCAUACCAUACUCACGGCUUGGCUCCAACAGAGACGCCCACUGUUACAGAAAGGCAUAUCCUCACCUGGUGGCAUUCAAAGUCUCCUGUCAGGAGUGGGGCCAGGUGCUCCUAAGGAACCAAGAGUGGGACUCGGUAUUAGAGUAUGUGCUGAUGGCUUGGCGCUUCACCAGCGAGCUGCCACAGUGGGACACGGCGAGUCACAACACUCUGCGAGAACAGUGCUACAAUACCCUGGCAGGUCACUGCCUCUCCACCCUGCAGCACUACCGCCCUGAGCCCAGCAGAAGACGUGAGCUGCUGAGGAGGCUGAAGAUGGCACAAGUGCACAGCCAGACCAUCGGGCCCUGUGUUCAGCAGCUGGAGAGGAUUGUGGGAAAUACUGCAGAUUCCUCUUUGGGCACACAGCAAAACACACAACACUGUCUGAGCAGCUGACCACAACCUCAAGUUAUGGCUGCUUUUCUGUGGUUGGAUGAAUGACCAUUUGGGUGAGGGAAAGACAUUUGUACCCGUUAGUGUUUGUUUAGAAAAACCACUACAGUGUUCAUCCAAUGUCAUCAAGGGACGAGGCUACAACUGAAGCAUCUCUUCUUUUUUUUUCUUUUUUUUUUUCUUGGCAAGUACUUUAUCUAGGAAAAUUUUUGCAUCGACCAUUGAAAUGUUUGCGGAAAAAAAUGUGAAAUAGUCGUGUGUGUG